GGGUUCCCGGAGCACCUCCAAAGUCGCGCCUGACCCGGGGCUGUGAGGUCCGAGGUCUGCUGCGAUUCGGCUGCCGCCGCAGUCCUCCGCGUCCAGCUCCGCCGCGCGCCGGCAUGACGGGCUCGCUGUUCAAGGGAAACUUCUGGAGCACAGAUAUUCUCAGCACUGUUGGCUAUGACAGCAUCAUCCAGCAUCUGAACAAUGGGCGCAAGAACUGCAAAGAGUUUGAAGAGUUUUUAAAAGAGAGGGCAUCAAUCGAAGAGAAAUAUGGCAAAGAUCUACUAAAUCUCUCCAGGAAGAAGCCAUGUGGACAGUCUGAGAUCAAUACCCUGAAGCGAGCCCUUGAGGUCUUCAAGCAGCAAGUAGACAAUGUGGCCCAAUGUCACAUUCAGCUUGCACAGACUCUAAGAGAAGAGGCCAGGAAGAUGGAAGAAUUCAGGGAAAAGCAAAAGCUACAGCGGAAAAAGACAGAAACGGUAAUGGAUGCUGCCCAUAAACAAAGGAACUCACAGUUUAAGAAAACUAUGGAUGCCAAGAAGACCUAUGAGCAGAAGUGCCGAGACAAAGAUGAGGCGGAGCAGGCUGUCCACCGGAGCGCCAAUGUGGUCAACCCAAAGCAACAAGAUAAGCUUUUUGUGAAACUGGCAACUUCAAAGACUGCAGUAGAGGACUCAGACAAAGCAUACAUGCUACAUGUUAACAUGCUGGAGAAGGUCCGGGAAGAAUGGCAGAGUGAACACAUCAAGGCCUGUGAGGUGUUUGAGGCUCAAGAAUGUGAACGAAUAAACUUCUUCCGGAAUGCACUGUGGUUACAUGUGAAUCAGCUGUCACAGCAAUGUGUCACAAAUGAUGAAAUGUAUGAGCAAGUCCGUAAGAGUUUAGAAAUGUGCAGCAUUGAGAAGGACAUCCAGUAUUUCGUGAACCAGCGUAAAACUGGACAGACUCCACCAGCCCCCAUCAUGUAUGAGAAUUUCUACUGUCCCCAGCGGAAUGCAGCCCCACCAGGAAAAGCUACAGGGCCUAAUGUAACAAGGAGAGGACCUCUUCCGAUUCCUAAAAGUGUACCAGAUGACCCUGAUUAUUCAUUGGUUGAUGACUACAGUUUGAUCUAUCAGUAACAUCAAGGGUAAAUGAAAAGAAAGCUUUUCCCAGUUAGUGCUUCUGUGACAAGAAAAGAGGCACCCAGAGCAACAGAAUCUAUAGCCGGAUGUUGUCAAUCACCAAAACUUUGAUGUGAACCUUUGUUGUAAUUUUUUGAUAUAUUAAAUAUAUAGUAGACAUUUAGCUCAACUUAGCCAAGUAGAGUUCUGCAGGAUUUUUUGUUUUGUUUUGUUUUUGCAAAGUUUAUAGACUGCCCCCAACAGAAGAAUUAUUAUUUCUGGACAGUUACUAAAGUCUUCUUUCCAAAGUGGGAAGCAAGGCCAUCUGUAGAUCCUGAGUGUGGGCCAUGGAGCAGGUAGAGCUGGCUGUGGAGGAGUCUGAGCCAUCAGCUGCAGAAUAUGCUCGCAUGACUGUGGAAAACCUGGCCGUGGAGUUUCAACGGUGACUCCCACUCUGAGUGGCGCAAGAUUUACAGUUACAUUCCUUCUUUGACUGGAAGACUUAGAAACAGCCAGUUGGACUUGGUUAUUUUAUAGAUGGAGAAACAAGGCCCAGCAGUGUGAAAUCAAUGUCCUUCCAGUUCUGCCGGCCAAUUAGAGCCAGAACCAGACCUGGAGUGUAGCUCAUCCGACUGCACCACUCUUCAGCCCUUUUUGAGCUGCAGUGCCUAGCUAAAGUUCAAAGAAGGCCUGGCAGGAUGGCUCAAGGAGCAAAGGUGCUUGUGCAAGCCUGACGACCUGCGUGUGAUCACUCAAACUCAGGUCAAGGUGGAAGGAGAGAACCAAUUCCACAGAGUCGUCCAUAGAUGGCCAAGACCAUUUGAAUUUGAGAUGGUAAAGUCAAAAUAAAGAUCCUAGGAUCAAAGAAAUAUGGUAUUUUGUCUAUUCCCCAAGAGAAUUCAGAGUUUUGGAGCCAGUCCCCAAUCCCAGGUCUUAUAGGGAAUCCCUUGUGAGCUCUGGAAUAUGUAAUUUGAGAGGCGUUCUUACUGUUUCACAAUACUUGGCUUUUCCUUUGUCACCCACACACGGCAGGGAGAUUGUGCACUUUUUGUGAGACCGAGAAAUAGUACCUGAGAAAAUAGUGCAUUUUAGUUAUGACAAAUCACAAUAGCACUGUUAUUUGUUUGGUAUGGUGUAAAUAUCUGUGUCACCAUGAAAAGCAAGUGUCUUCUGCACAGUAGCUCUCCCAGGACAAUGGACAAAUUGAUUAAAAGAUUGAAAGCUAGAUGUGUGGUGCUUGCCUAUAGUUCCAGCAUUUUGGAGGUUGAGGCAGGAAGAUCUUGAGUUUAAGAUCAGUCUGGGCACAUAGUAAGACGCCAUCUCAACCUUUUCCCCCAAAUGAAAGAAAGAAAAGAUUGAUGAUUCCUUUCUUUCAGUUUAGGACGCUCCUGAAUGUGGCCAUUUCUUGUCAUGACAGGAAAUAUGUAGCAGUUGAACAUCCUUUUGAGAAACUCAGGUUUGCAGAGGUCCAUUGACUUCCCCAAACUGGACAGGCUCAGAAAACUGUCUUUUGCACUCAGAUUUUUAAGUAUGUUAUUUAUUGUUGGCAAGUCCUCAGAGAUUUAUAUUUUCUAUCGAUUGGUGUAAUUGAUGUAAAUGUGCUUAUUAUUUUAUUGCUCUUUCUGCUUGGUAUGAAGUAAAAUAAAGGUUCUUGAUGAUUUGGAA